AAUGGAAAAUCAGUAGCACGCGUACAUCUCCCAAGUGAAGAACAUUUUGCGGACCGGAUGCCACUCGGGUCGAAGCUAAAGGCAACAACUGAAAUCGCUGAACACCAAUUAAUGGACGGCAAGAGCCAACUUUCAAUUGAGUUUCGUGUCACAGUCGUUGUUCUUGCUAUUGCUCCUGAUAUUUUUGCGGCGGUGUUUGUGUGCUUGUGUGACUCUGCAAUAUGGCCAAGUGUUUUGUGCUGAAAAAUGUUAACCACGUUUAGGUCGAGAGCUCUCUAAUCCCUUCUGUUGGGCUUGUUGCUUUGCCCCAAAAAAAUAAAAAAGAGAAAUAUCAAGUAGGGCAGCUCCCUUAGCCGCAGUCUCUUGGUAAUUGGGAAGAUGAGCGGUCUGGGUCCGGCAGCCUGUUGGCUGGCCCACAAGCGCAUCGAGUCCUGGUCGCGAAUGGCCAAGGAGCGAGUGGGAGCGGUGCGUCGCGUUACCCUCGAUCGGAAUUCGGCGGACGAGGGAUCGCCGAGUGGGAGUGGUGGCUCCAACGCUGCUGGGGGAAACGGGGCGUCGCUGGUGCACAUCCUGCCCACUGGGGAGGGCUCCACGACCCCACCACCGCAGCCCAUGACCCCGCCGCCAUCGGCUUCGUCGGUCACCUCGACCACCAGCGGAAUUGGCAGCGUUUCGGCCGGUAGUGUCAGCGACAGCUGUGAUUUGCCCACGGACUCGGAGGAGGUGGCCAUUGCCAAGGAGUGCCAGCCCAUCCAGCCGGCCAGCCAGUUGCACGGCAUGCACGGCGGCAUGGGCCUCAACCAUCACCACAUGGGCACGGUUUCGGCCACCGGAACGGACAUCCUGCGCGGACCCGCCGAAGUGUUCCACAGUCCGCUGCACUUGCACCACCAGAGCCGCUCCUUCCCGCCGCGCCUCCAGCGCACGCCGUCCAUCUCCAGUCAGAGCAGCGUGGACAGCGCCCCAUCCAGACAUUCGGGUCAUCGCGGCUCCUCACCACAGAUACGGACCUUUGGACCGGACGGACGCAGCUCUCUUCCGAGUGAGCCGGCCUUUCCGCACCACUUGGCCAGAUCGCCCAGUCCCAUGCGCACCAUUUCCUUGGACGCCCGUUGCGGCAGCCCUGCCCAUUCGGUGGAUCCGGGUGACCUCAGGACACCCAGUCCUUCGCAGAGCAGCCUGGCAUCCUUGGCCGGGGGAUCUGGAAUGGGGGGCGGUAGCUCGGGCAAAAGCGUGGCCGGCGGGCGUUGCCUGUCGCCGCUGCUGAUACCGCCACGAUCGCAGCCCGGCGUAGAUCCCGCUAUGGGUCCCGCCUCCCCAUUGGGCGCCCUCCAACCGGAUUUAUACCGUUUGCCGGACGGACCCGUUUAUCUAACAGCUCCGGAAUCCAGCCACGCCGUGGGUCGACUACACCUGCGCGUGAAGUACGACUAUCACCUGUUCGAUCUGACGGUGCAUCUGAUUGAAGCUCACAAUCUCAGUCCCAUUGAGGAGGGUGGCUUUCGAGAUCCUUACGUCCGGUUAAUGCUACAGCCGGAAGUCGACAGCCGGAAGCGACAGACGCACAUCCACCGGGGUGAAUCGAACCCCUACUUUGACCAACACUUUAAGUUCCCGGUUUCCCGCGACCAGCUCCAAGGAAAAGAGCUGAUCCUCCAGGUGCUCGACUACGAUCGCUAUUCGCACAACGAUAUAAUCGGAGAGGUUCGCAUCUCAGUGGAUGGUCUGGAUCUUUCCAAGUCAGUGGAGAUCUGGGGAGACUUACUGCGUACCAAGAAACCAAAGGAAGAUCGACCGGAGCUCCUUUGCUCCCUCAACUAUUUACCACAGGCUGAGCGAUUGACGGUUGUCAUAAUGAAGGCUAGAAAUUUGGACACUCUUCAAGAACCAUACGUCAAGAUUUACCUGAUUCAAAACGGUAAACGUAUUAAGAAAAAGAAGACUAGCAUAACGAAGUCCGACGAUCCCACCAAUCCCAUUUGGAACGAGGCGUUCACGUUUAAUUUGCAAUCAAAUUAUCUCCACAAUGCAGCCAUCGAGAUCUAUGUGGUGGGUGCCGGUAGCGAGGCCACGGAAAUCGGGUGCUGCGGAUUGGGUCCCCAGGAGAGUGGAACCGGGUGCCAGCACUGGCACGACAUGAUUAACAAUGCCCGCAAGCCCACGGCCAUGUGGCACUACAUCCGCUAGGCCGGAUACGUUAGCUAUGAUUUCCAACAAAAAAAAAAAAAAAAAACAUCCAAUUGCUCCCACAUUGCGUCUAUAUAGGUGUACUACUACUACUACUGUAACCGUGUCUGUGUGAAUUUUCCAAUUGCAUUUUUGGCGGCCAACCGUCCGAAGCUUAUAAUGUUCUACGAAAUCAAAAUCUCAUCUAUAUAUAAUAUAUACGAAUGAAUGUACACGCUGCAGCUAACUAGCCCUCCAAGAAGCUCAAUCAAAAGUUCCUACGCAACGACAGAAACUUCGAAAAAAUGCCCACGAAAAUGGUUCGCCUUUCUGUGGGUAAUUGGUUUAACGGUUCGCUUUUUUGUAGUUUUUGUUGUGCAUUUUGUGCAACCUCUCGAGAAAAAUAUCAACCACACACACACACACACACACAGUCGGGAAAAACCGGGAAGGGUACAAGUACAAUAGGAAAUCGGUAAUCGCACAUCCACCAAACUGUCAGCCAGACUUGUUGACAUUUCCAUCGACUUCAGCAGACACUUGAGGAGCCUGCCGCCUCCUUUUGCUCCCCAAGGAGGGCAUUCAAGUGUGCGUUUCUUAAAUAAUUAUGAAUACACCGCACCGGGAAUAAUAAUUCGUAUAGGUGAAUGGUCGUCAAUCAUGCAGGGAGCUCUAACCCGAACCCAAACCCAAACCCAAACCCAAACCCAAACUUCCCCUUUUGUGCCACCGACAGUUGACAAAUUGCCAUCGUCCUGUUGUCCUUUUGCCAUUCGAUCCUGUGUGCGUUUGUCGUCAACUGUUUGACAGUUUCGCCCGCAGAAAAAGAGCGAGAAGUGGCGAGAACUUAUGCUAAUUGUUAAGUUAAAUACAUAAAUUCCUUCCAGCCGAGUACGUCUAUCAAGAAAACACCAAAGAGCAUUUCUCGAGCACCUAUUUAACCUAUUUUAUAUGUACUUACAACGAGUAUUGCGGGGCAUCUGAAUAAUAAGAAUAUUUGAAACGGGAGAGGGGCAAAUCGAAGAGGGCUUGCCGAUUUCUUUCACAUAACUCUAUGAGCGUAAUUUUGGUGUUGUCGCAUGAAAUUCGGGAAGUCGGACCUUCAAAUGUGUGUAAAAUAUGCUACUUAAUCCCAAUAAAAAUAUUGCAGAAUACUAAAACUGAAUGUGUGUAAUUUAAACUUAAAUAAAGACUUGAGAAAUACAUAGCACUGCACGUGUUAACUAGACAAACAAAAUACAUACUCUAAGGAGCCAGCAUAUAAAUAUAUAUAUAUUAUACACUAUACUUAUACUUAUACAAGUUUUUCUAAAUGAAUCCUUCUACACAACUGUUUCGAUUUGUCCUAUGCCAGACGAAAUUCAAGAACAACAUUGCUGACAUUACGCAAAUAUACCAAAACAACAGAACAACAGGUUAAAUGCUGAAAUACCUCCGAUUAAAUCAAAACAUUCUUACUUUACAACUAAACGAAGAUCUUGAAAUAAGCACUCGGAAUGCAAAUAAAAGAAAGAAAAAACAGAAAAGCAAGUGAAAUGUACAAAACUGCAUAUACAAAUAUAUUUCCUACAAAUAGUGUUUAUUUAUUGUAGCCUAAAGGGAACACUGUUAAAAACUAAACCUAAAACACAUACAAACUACAUAACAACCUAUAUUCAUAUGAAUGAAAAUGUAUAUGUAAACUUAAAUGUAUGUGAACUUAAAUUAUUCAGU